CCACCAGCACCAGCUGGACGUAGAAGUGACAUUUUCCCACUCUUUUCACAAAUUCAUAUCGCAGUCCUCGUUGUCGGUGGCCCCGUGAUCGUCCGAUCAAAUCAGAGCUCCGCUCGCUGGUUUAGAAAAUGACUGCGGAGCCUUCGAAAGAAUUGGUCAGCGAAUUGCGACAGGCGUUUUUCGAUAAAGUCAAAACCGAUGGAAGCUCAAUCUCUGGUGGUUUCCAUCAGGCAGAUUUGAACAGAAUAACGAACAAUGAUGACUGGCUACGAAGGUUCCUCAAGCACCAAGACUUGGAUGUCAAGGAUUCUUUAAAGAUGCUCUGGGAGACUUGCGAGUGGAGAAAAAAUUAUGGCACAAAUGACAUCAAGAUUGAGAUGUUUUCCCAUGCUCCAUUCCAAGAGGAAGGAGGUCUAUUUGGCCAUAACAAAGACAAAGAUGGGAAGCCAAUGCUGAUAUUCAGGGUCAAAACACACACCAAAGGACAGCACAAUAUGGAUGACUUGAAAAAAUAUACAGUUUAUUGGUUUGAAAGACUGGAAAGGCAAAGCAAAGGAGACCAAAUCACGUUGUUUUUCGACAUGUCUGAAUGUGGUCUUGCCCACAUGGAUAUGGAGUUCACCAAAUACCUGAUCAACCUUUUCAAGGGCUACUAUCCCUACUUCCUCAACUACAUUAUUGUUUACGACAUGGCCUGGAUACUCAAUGCUGCUUUCAAAAUUAUCAAAAGUUGGCUUCCACCCAAAGCUGUAGACAAGAUAAAGCUAGUGGACAAAAAGACUUUGAAAGACUUCAUUCCUGUUGACCAGUGUCUUGUUUCCUGGGGCGGAACAGACAACUACGAUUUCAGUUUUGUUCCCGAAGUCAUGAAUGGUCGAUCAGAUGAAGGAAGAAAAAAAGUCCAUUUUGCUGACACAAAUGGAACACCAGAAAUGCCUAAGGCAAAUGGAAUGACUCUUCUAAGCAUUCAGCCCAACGACGUUCUUGUAUUUUUGCCUCACAAUGAUGAACUACAAGGAAGCGUUUCUGUGACUAAUAUUUCAAGUUCAGAAGUUACUUUCAAGAUCAAAACCACCUCGCCUGAAAAAUUUCGUGUACGUCCAAGCAUGGGUUUGUUGAGUCCUCAAGCAUCGAUGACCAUCAAUGUUGUCCUCCAACAUGGAUAUCAACGGUCACCGCUUGCCAGAGACAAGUUUCUCAUUAUGGCUCUUCCUGUGGCGGAGCCUGGUAAAGACGUUGCGGAAAUAUGGAAGGGUGGUAACAUUGGAAGCCAAAUUGAGCAGCACAGGUUAAAAUGUAGCACUGAUGCUCCUGGUGUAAUUUCCUCUAUGCCUGACAGCCCUGGAAAAGAAUUCCCUGCAGAUCCCAACAAGCAGUAUUCUGAUUUGAUAUCGGAGAUAAAGCGUCUGCAUCACAGUCAGCAAGAGAUCCAGCGCAGUUUGCGCACAAACCGGAUGCUGCAGUGGCUCAACUUCCUUCUGACCCUAGUCUUAGCAGUUGCCAUUUGGUUCACUGUCAUCAGUGAACCUAAAUUUGAAGAAGCAAGUGAAAACCCCAAUCUUUUUUCAGUCAAUGCUGAUGAGCUUUAAUUUUUUGGAUGAAACCUUGAAACAUUUUUCUGAAGAUUUACUUUGAUUAGCUUAGUGCAAAAAGCAAAGUACCCAAAUUGGAGAUUAAAUGGAGAUAAUUACUUAUCUUUUAAAUGCAAGAUAUUGGUAAUUUGUCAGUAUGUUGGUUGUGUUUUAACUUCUUUUUCACUUUCUUAUAGAAGCAGAGGGAAAGGUUGCUUUCCCUCUGCUUCAUUUUUCAUGUUUCUAAAUGAUACCCCUUUGUAACAAAAAUAUUUUGUCGAUCUUGAGAACUCUGAUUCCCUAAUAUUUUUUCUUCCAGCCUUGUUAAGUAUCAAGAACUCCAGUUCUGAAGUCGUGAUUUUGAUUGUGUUCUUAACUGCAAUACUUCCCUGAUUCAUGCAGUACAAUUGUUAUCGUCCAUGAUUUUAAACAAUGCACUAUAAGAGGCAAAAAUUUAUGGAGCUGUUUAUGUGGCGUGCGCAUAUCUAAAUUUCCUACAUUCAGCUCAAACUGAUGUACAUAUAACUAUAUUUAAUUGAUUUGUGCCUCUUUUGAGGAUCUUCCUCGUUAGAAGACUUUACAUAAUCAUUAGUCAGUAUAGACAUCAUCAAUUUAGUGAUAAUAAAAGUUUAUAUUUACAUGCAUUUA